AUGGUUUCAGCCAUACCAGAUAGGUGGUUGCAGUACAAAGCUUGCGGUAAAGUUAUUGAAGGGACUAGAAUUAUUUGUUUUAAAGUGCCUCUUAAAAGGGUAGUACAAAUAAAACAUAGGGAUGUAAAUGAAUUAUGGGACAUAAAAGCGGUGCUGAAAAAAAUACCUAAGUUAGGAGCAGUUGUGGACCUUACAAAUACGACUCGGUAUUAUGAUCCCAAGAAGUUCGAAAUGGCGGGCAUGCGUUACAAGAAAAUUUUAAUGCCGGGCCGAAUUAUACCGCCCGAGGAUAAAGUGACAGAAUUUAUGAACGCUGUUGACACAUUCUUAGAAGAUAAUGAUGAUAAACUGGUAGGCGUUCACUGCACGCACGGCUUGAACCGCACCGGCUAUAUGGUUUGCCGGUACAUGCGGGACCGCCUCGGAGUGCCGGCCGCCGUCGCCAUCAGACGAUUUGAGCUGGCGCGUGGAUAUCAAAUUGAAAGGGACAACUAUGUAGCUGAUUUACUAGGAAAAAGACCGCCAUCCCCCGACAUUGGUCUUGAAACAACAAUUAAACCUAUAGCUCAAAAAGACAAAUCGAAGAACUGGAAAGUGUCGCGCUUUGAUCAAAAAGCGUAUGAUGGAGAAGAGACAAAAUUUUACAAACGCAAAUUCAACAGGGAGCGAUCAGAAGAAGAAAGUCGAAGAGGGAAAAGAAGAAGAAAUAGAUCUAGUUCAGACUAUUCCGACAGAUCAUUUGAUUACAAAUUCGAUUACUGA